AUGUCUCGCCAAGCUCUGUCGUACGGUCAGAUAGCAGACGGUAUAUUGCCCUCGAUCGUGCUGAGUGUUCGAGACCGCGAUACCUUAAAAGGAGUUGUGGAAGACUUCGUGGCCUUGGAUGCACGCGAGCAUCAGGAGUUCUUCAGGCAGCAAAUGAGCCGUAUCUGGCCGACGCCAAUCGACUGGAAGGCGCGUCCGCAUGAGAAAAGCUUUCUGGACCAAUGGUCGCACUUGGUGACCCUGUCUGUGCCGGAGGUUGGGAUGUUCAAUCCGCCCAGAGUGUAUGAAUUCUUCCAGGACUUUGGUCUCCUCAAACAGCCUCUUGUCAAGGAGGUCGACAUGACGGAGACCCUUAAGGCUUUGUUUGGUACGGUGAAUCGUGCGACAGGCCAACUGGAUGAGGACGCGUACCCAGCAAUGCUGCAGGCAAAAUCCCGACUGAAGCGCAAGAUCACGUACCGCAUUCAGCCCCAGGAGCACUUCGUUGGUCGUAACGAGCUGUUACUCGAUGCUUCGGCUUGGGACGAGGAAGUCUUUUACAAGGAGGCGAUACCGAUGGUCUAUAGAAUUGUCACUACGGCGCAUGCAAAUAUCUCCAAGUACCGCGACCUGGACCCGGUCUGGACUGACUGGGACGAGAUGGUUGACGACGCGUAUCAUCUGGAUGGCAUUCCAAUGAGACUCCCCACUGCCUUGGGGCGGGAUAACUGUUUCAAGUACCUACGACAUUGGUUCAAUCUUGGGCGCUUAGAGUUUCGGAGGUGGCGCCGCAAAAACGGCUUGAUGAUGGACCCGGUGGAGUUCGAGGAUCGUUGGUGGAUCGACUCCUACCGCUCAGCCGACGCUGAAGAUCUGGAACCCAUGCGGAUUGAUGCCAGCAUACCAACAGCAGCGCUGGCAGUGAUGAACGACGUUCCGCGGACAUCUGCCAACAGCGGCGCUGAUCGUACGGCUCCUCGCGUCCAAUCCCAGUAUGGCAGUGCCAGUGCUGUGAUUCAUCGCGUUCACGAUGAGAGCUUUUGGGAUGAGGAGCUGAUAGAAUGGAUGGAUAUGGUGGGAGUGUCAGAUCCCGAUGACGCGCAGCCGCAGGCGGUUCUCACUGGUGAAGUUCUCUCAUCCGAUGACUGGUGUCCGCCUUGUCUAGUGCCUUCCAAUCCGGAGGCCAGAGCGCAAUGGUGUUUGCAUCAUCUACAGCAGCUCCCGAGCUCCAUGAUGAGGUCUUGCCGAUCUCUUAGAGCUGGACUCUGCAAACUGGCGGAGUUACCACUUGUUCCCAACGCUUUCUUUUCAUUGAAGGCCGCGUCAAAGUUUCUUGCCAACCCAGAUACCUUACGAUGGGAUAUGGCCGCAGCUUCGGCUCCCACUUCCGAUAACGUUGAAGGAUGGGUUCGUUUCCUAACAUCUCAACCUUGGAACUUCAAUCAUAAAGGUUCCUCCCGGUUUUCCGGUUUAGAGAUGGCGUGGGUGUUUGUGCUGGGCUCAAUCCUCUAUCUUCGAGGAUACGCGACGUCUGGUGGUUCCGGUCGAGGCCGGGAUGGAGUCGAUAUAUUCACCUUGAGCCCCCAUGCAUAUUCCUCGCUUUUUACAGCGUUUGACAACGCGAUGGAAGCGCUGACAGGAGAAUAUUCAUAUCCUGGACGACCUCCAUCCAUGAAAUACGGCGUUGUGAGCACGCGCUCGCAUUAUCUGGCGUACCUUCUCAAGGACAACGAUGCUCUCGUUCGACUGCUGAGAUCGGUGAUAAGGAUG